AUGAAGUCGCUAGACUGGGAAGAAAAGGGCAUUGGUGUGGAUGGACGGUUCCUCUCAAAUCACCGCUUUGUGGACGACAUCGUUCUCUUUUUAAGCAGCACUGUGGAAGCUGAGACUACGCUUGCUGAGCUCAGUAAAGCAGGAAAGAAGGGAGGGCUGCGGGUCAACCAAACAAAGACACAGUUCAUGAAGAAUGCUUGGGCUGACGAAGGUCAAAUCAAGAUCGAUGGUACACCUAUCAAGGAGACCUCGUCCUACGUGCACUUCGGGCGUUCCACGAAUAUGAACAACGACAUGAGGAAAAGAACUGGUGAAAGGCAGAAAGAAGCGUGGGCAGCCUGCGGACCUCUGAAAGAAGUCACUGACCGUCUGGCCGACGCGGAACUUUGUGCUUAUCUGUUCGUUUCCACCGUUCUUCCUGCGCUCUGUUACCGGUCGGAGACUAAGGUUACUAGUGUAUCCACGUAA